UCGAUAGUGUUAAACAAAACGUGUGAAUAUUUUAGGAAACGAAAUACUGUUGGUCAAAGAAUCCAAGCUAAAGCCGAGGAAGCAGCGAGAAAGGCGGCUGAGAAGUUAGCUACGAAAUAUCCCAAUAGCAAUGUAAGUAAGAUUAAUCUUGAUUAAUUUUGACUUAUUCGCUCGCCAUAAUCAAAUACAUUAUUACAACACUAGAUCAGCAACGAACUAUCGCACCCACACUUGUCGUACAAACCUCAAAAAAUUUACAAUACUUUAUCAAGGACCAAAAAUUUGGAAUUCUCUGCCAACAAAUAUAAAAGAUUCACUUAGCCUCUAUAGUUUUAAGAAAACUAUGAUGGAAUUUCUACUUAAUUAGUUUGUGCCGCACAAAUGCACUACAGCUGUGAGUUAAAUAUCUAUUAUUUUCUAUAUCCCUAUAUUUUCUAUAUAAGCAUUAUUCAGUUAUAUUAAUAUCUUGAGGUGAUCUCAAAAUAAGCCUAAUGGUUUCAUGAGGUCUCCUCGCCACUUUAUUUAUAUUCUUCAAAUUUAUGUAAAUUUUAAUAAUACGAUGUGUGUGGCAAAUAAAUCAUUCAUUCAUUCAUUCAAUCAAACAGUCAUUGUAGGAGUAGAUUUUGCAAUAUGGAGCUAUCUGAUUGUAGAGGGGUUUUACUAGAUGGAAUUUUCGAACGUGAAUAUUCAUAUAUUUAUUAGACUUAACCAGGCCAGUAGUUGCGAACAAUGCAACUAUAGAUCCUCUGGCAGAAAUCGGUUCCGGUUCAGCGCUGUAACCGACUGAGCUACAGAGGCCAGUUGUCGAGCAGGGCUCGAAAUACGUUUCCAACGUUCCCGAUCAUGCUGAUAAGCAAUCAUGAUUUUCUGCUGAUCAAAUGAAAAUCUGGCCAAUCAGGCCAAAAAAACAUAUGUGGGUUUCCGGUUUCCCGACCCUACCUAGCUUUUGGACGCCAAAAUCCCGACCCUAAACUUUUUUAUUGGAUCACGCUUGUAAGUGUUUCCACUUAGAGGAAAAAGUUUGUGGAAAAUGAAAAUUUGUGGCAAUAUUAGGGAAAUUUAUGUUUGGAUAUGGAAACACUGACUAAACAAAAUGGCGUCCGGUUGUUAGCCGGAAAAUUUUUAAAAAGUUCAAAAAAAAAGUUAAAACCAACCUUGAAAAGGAAACAAGAGGAAACCGGAAACCCGCAUAUUUUUUUUUGGCCUCAGUAUAGGUUCUGUUUAUAUGUUCUGUGAUAAUACCGUAGUAUUGCAUGGUGUCUGUUAACGACAUUAACCAUGUUUUUGAGACGAUGGUUCUUGCCGAUCAAGAUGAUCGACAAUCUUGCUUCUCUGCCGAUCAAAAGCAAUUUGCUACCGAUCAUUGAUCGGCCGUUAUUUCGAGCCCUGCCGAGCUGUAUAUAUCUCAAGUUCAUGUUUAUAUACCGGGUGUCCCCCAAAAAACGGGACACUGUUUUAUUUCAUGUAACGUAAAAGCUAUAUAUAAAAGCUAUCGCAAUGGAAUAAAGAUCAUUCCAUUCAGAAAGGACUACAACUUAGAUUUUGAUAUAUAACACUUGAAUUUACAUGCAAUAUUGAGCGAGAUACAACUAAAAUAAAAAUAUUUAUUAUUUAACAAGAAAACUACAUCGGUAAUUAUAAGGUUGUUUUAUGCUAAUUUUUGGCAUUUUCAAAAAUAGUAGUUCAAUGUUCAAACAUCAAUAGCGCAGUCAAUAUUGCAUGUAAAUUCAAGUGCUUUAUAUCAAAAUUCCAUCUAAAAACAAUCUCGCCUUGUGUGCAUAUCAUUCCUCCGCCAUUUCUUUGAUUGAAAGCUGUCGAUUGUCAAGAUGAGUAAUAUUCAAUACAUUAUUAUUGUUAGAUUGGGUUCUUACGUAAAGAUGCUGAUGGUAACACAAGCUUGGCCAUACUGAACCCUUGUUCUGUCGAUGGUAAGACUCCUUGCUCAUCUUUGCACUAUUUGCCUGCUCCCGAAAGAAACAGUUUUAUUUUCCCAAGAGUUUCAAUGGUUUAAUUGAGAUUCGGGGCAGGGCUGUCUCUAUAGGGAGGGGGAGGGGAGGGAGGGGUGUGACACAUCCUAAAAACAUUUUGUCGGCAAAAUAACGGAUUUAUCGGCGAAUUGUUUUCGUAGUCAGCGAAAAUAUUUGAGUGGCUCGGAUUAAAACGUAAUAAUUAUAGCAAAAAUGUUGAUAAAUUUAUGAAAAUCUUUACGAAAAAGUUAGCAAAUUACGGUACAUUAAUUAGAAUAUUAGUGAAAAAUGGUAUGUAACACCUUCCCCGCUCGCUGGGAAAAGAAAUAUUAAUUAGCGACUGAAAUGUUGUCGGCAAAUGCGAUACUACACCCCCCUGCAUCUUCGCUACGGCGGUGUGAAAUUUGGUUGCAUAAGCACUUUUAGAAGUCAGAGUAGCGAGCGAAAACAUGACUGAUUUAGCACCUUCGCCUUCUUAUUCCCUUUCCUUUUUUCAGCCACAGCAGGACCUCAGUCAAUUCCAGUGAAUCUUGGCGCAGUUACUGGCAAGCUAGCAACAGGAAGUCUUUCAACUGUUUUGUUUCAAGAAGACAAGAAAAAUAAAGCAUCACCAGGUAUAGUCUAUGAGCUCUGAAACUUUCUGCGCAAGAGAAGCUUUCUGUGUAUGUACUGACUGUCUUGUGGUUGUUUUCAGUCAAUUAUUUAAAGUAUGGACCAUUCAGUUCAUUUUCACCCUCGUUUGAUUCGUCCAUGGCAACGAUCACUAAGGAGGAUUCAGACCUACUUUACAGUACAUAUGGGGAUAGUACGGGUGCUUAUUAUGCUCAGAGGUACGUUUGCUGUUGCAUUAUAUUUCUUUCUCAAAGACUGAAUCUCUCUUUACCAAGGAUAGUAACAGCAAGUUCCUAGACAGGAUUAUGUAUACAGAAGUGUGACUAAGGGAUUGCUUUAUCGAAGUUAUUAGAGAGGUUUAGAUUCCUAGCUCAAAAUAACGGCCAGUCAACGGACAAUGACCGGCCAAAAAUGCCUCUUGACCGGUCACUUUAUUACCUCACUAGUCAUUUUGACCGGCCACAUUUUCAUGCCUUCCAAUGUGAUUGCUGACGUCUUGAAUUAAAACAUGAAACUAUGAUGUAUCGAAACAAGUUUCUAAUAGUUUGUUUCACUGUUAGUGUAAGCGUAUCAAUGACUGGUCAAAAACAGAUUUUGAACCAGCUAAAAUCAAGUUGACCGAUCAUUUUGACCGGAGACCUGUCUCCCGUUAUUUUGAGCCCUGAGAUUUGACUUCCACUACCGCUGCCUCACUCACUACGCAUGUGAUUGAUUAUUAACCUGGUUCCUUGAAGUUCCUUGACCAUAUUUUGAUCAUUUUUUAGUCUUCAAGCAUUCGUAAAAGACAAUCUGUUCGCGAAAGAUUAUGUAGAUCAUGUAUUGGACGCACUCACAGAUGGCGCUCACUCAAAACUCAUGAACAAACUACAAAAGGUAAGCAAGGAUGAAACCAGGUAUAGGGGUGCUCAUCGAGCCGUCAUCACUCAUCGUGCUUUAGGGUACGACCAAGUGCAUAUCACAAAAGGGAGUUACGGAGGCAAGGCACUACUCUGUAGUCUUGCUUGACCAUCUGACACAGUCAUGUUACUAUCUCGUUUUGGCUUUUUUUAUCUUUGUUUGUAAUUGUCUUCCAAAUCCCAAAAAUGAUAAGAAAUAUUUGACAAGAAAAGUGACACUCCCCCUUGCACCACUGCCCACCCCCUCCCUUUGCCAAGGCUAAGAGGGAUGUGCACCUCCCCCCACCGCUUCCCCCCAUCUCUUGCACUCUGUACCUGCGCUUGAAAAACUCAUGUAAGUGGAGUCGUGGUUGAUUGUUAUUGUCUUCUGUUCUUCGAAAGUUUCUCUUCGGAGGUUUUAAUUCUGUUCCUCACUAAAAUAAAAUAAAUUAUUUUUCCAGCAACUUGAGGAAGAAGAAGAAAAAGAACGCAGCAAACAGGAAAACCUGAAAGCAAUCAAAAAAGAAACUGAGGUGAAUUAGGAAUAAUAUAUUCAAAUCUGUAGCCAGGAAUCCCAAUAUUUCCUCUUGAGCUUACAAAUCAAUUAAAUCGUUUCAAGAAUUGGACACGUCCUGACAGUAGAAGUUCCGCUAUUUGCUAUUCGAAAAAGAGUAUAAUUAAAAAUGAAGUAACAGCACUGUCACAACUUUGUUGACAAGCUUGCUACAAGCCUGUUGCGAACACAUCGUAAUGACAAGUUGUGAGAUUUUUAUGUGUGUACCCAUUUCACGAACGAUAACAGAUAAGAAUGUGGGACUAUGUAGACUGUUCCAGAGAUGAAUGUCACACUCUUGCUUUUGUCCUCAUCACUUUAUCAGUGUAGCAACGCCAUGAACAAGUUAUUACUCAAACAGUAAUGACGACAGCAAGCAAUAUAAUUCUCUAUAUUAUAAUGUUUUUACAGAUUGUUGAGGACAAAAAAAAGUCUACAGAAUUAUCAGGUGUGUUACAUAUAAGGACAAAUAGAAAUGGCAUUUUUUUAUAAUCCUGUAUAUAAUUACUGUAUUUGAUAAAGUUUUCGUCUUCAGUGCAAUAUCGGAAAAUAUGCCGAUAAAGAUCUAGAUUUUGUAAUCGAGGUUUUGCAAAUAAAUGAACGUAGUGCAUGUACUCCCCCAAAAUAAAGCAAUUAUAUUUAUUGCUUAACAAAGUUCAUAUUUUCUUUUCUAAAGAUUCUGAUCUAGAUGGUCUGUUAUCGUUGGAGAAGGAAGGCAUUGACAUGUCAUUUUUAAAACCUAAAGGUAUUGUUAAAAUGACUACAGUUUAUAGAAAUAACACAUUAAAUAUUAUUGUUUUGCAGUGGUGGAUUUAGGGGGGGCGGGGGGGCGCACCCCCCCAGGCUCUGGUCAACAGGGGUGCAUGGGGGGGGGGGGGUGCAAAAAUGACGUUUAUCCUAAUUCUAACCAACUUAUGUUAAGGAAUUCAGUUGCGUAUCACCAGUUGACAAUAGCAGAAUAGCCAAUAUUAAAUAUUCUGAAUUUUUAAAUGUUUUGAGAAUCUAAAAAUUUUCAGUAUGUUUUCUCAGAAUGCUGGAAAUGCCAUUUCAGAGACCCAAAUUUUUAAAAUUUUCCAGGGGAGUAUGCCCCCGGACCACCCUAGAAAUCUCGCGCCUUCGGCGCUCGUUUCGCCAUUGGUUAGCACCCCCAAAAAAAACUUUGCUGGAUCCACCACUGUUGUUUCGUCAUAUAUUAAUAAUACUUCAUUUCAUAUUAGUAACUUGUCACUGUCCUAUGUUUUCUAGAAACAAUCAAGUCUGAAGAAGCAAAGUGAGUUGACCAAAACACACCAUGAUUACAACCAGAAUUGAUCCUCUAUCAGUUCUAAAGCUUGCCUGUAAUAAAGUUUUCAAUUUUUCAGUUUCAAUAAAGUUUUUUCAGUUUCAAUUUGUAAUAAAGUUCAUGAUUUGUUCUGUGUUGGUGUACUCAGGUGAAUAUGAUGUUUGUGAUGUUACUCUGAGUGUAUAUCCACACCGGGCAAGCUUGCAAAAUAUGCCUGACCACGGUGGGAAUCGAACCUACGACCUUUGGAAUACCAACCCUAUGCUCUGCCAACUGAGCUACGCGGUCAGGUCGGUUCGAGUAUGCGAUAUUUCGGAACUGAGUCUAGUUCCUUCGAUAUCAAUGUAAUCUAGUAAUCAUGAUAUGGUGCCAUAUGCGACCAGGUCUCGGACCUGCUAUUUUUGGGCGGCAAACCGAACACUCCUAAAGGCCCCUUUUCCACUCGGGAAAAAUUUCCACGGACAGAAAAUUUUCCGAAAAUAGCAUUGUUAAGAAUUGAAAAUUUUCAACUUCAAAAUUUUUUUCCCACGGAAAAUUUGUGUUGGCCAAUCACAUUUUACAAAAUUUUCUUUCUGCGGAAAAUUUUCCUGAGUGGAAAUGGGUUCUUGAAACAAAUAAUAUGAUGAUAUUUCUGAUUACAUAACUUCAUGUUAUUUUUCAAUCACAGGGAUGUUCAAACAAAUCUUGACAAAACAGCUGAUCUCAUAAAUAAACUGGAUGCAGCGCAAUCUGAGAGAUUGAGUCAAGCCAGUAAAGAUGCUAAUGGAGCCACGCCAAAGUCAGCUUUGACACCAUCAGAGAACGAACAGCAGAUAGGUUAGGCCCAACAUAUUUUUACAUUAUAAAUACUAUUUACAACAUAAGCGGGAAACGCGAGCCGAAGGUGCAUGAAAAAAGUCUUGAUGAGAACAUUCGUAUUCUUCAACAAUUUAAAAUAAAUGAUAUUUGGUGAGAAAGUUUAUGUAUGAAUCAGCAUGAUUUUGUAUCAGACAUACAAACUCCUCCAUGGUCAUGAUUUAUUUUGUGGUUUCUUCAUGAAUUAUUAACGAGUUUCACAACUACUUGAAAUCGUUUCAGGGCAUGAAAUAUUCAUAAUCAAACGAAAUUGGUAUAUAGUAUUUGAAACAGGCAAAUAAUCUCGAGACUCAACAAUAUUUCAAUUGUUUAUUUCUUAAAACAGCUGAAAAAGUGACUCAAGAAUUGAGAAAUUUAACAUCGAAGGUAUGAAUGUACUAAAAUCGUGUAAAUAGUGAGUUUUAGAUUUGACUACCGCUACUAUUUACUGACUAAGUAUGCAUGCGAUUGAUUAAUCGAGUAGAAUUAAACGCGUCUGAUUGGUUAAUGAUCCCUUGAUGGCAACGGUAGUGGUAUAGUGGAAAUCAAAUCUAAACCUGAAGGACCGGUCAUUAUUUUUGGCGAGGGGGGGGGGGGGCACCGAAGAGAAAAGGGUUGGGUAAACAAAAUAUUGAGUGAGUAAAAAGUUGGGUAAAUGAAAAACAAAACAACUCAAGGGUUGGGUAAUAUACAAUUACUUUAUGGUUUCCGUGUUUGGAUGGCCUGAUCCAAACACUUAGGAAUGUUGCGAGCGAUUUUGCGCGCUUUUCUUAACUCUCAUUUCUUAACUCUCAUUCCCAUGUUUAAAAUUCCCGCGAAGGCACUUUAAAUUUCCGUGUUUGGAUGGCCUGAUCCAAACACAGGUUUCGACCAAUCAGAGCACGCGUUAUAUACAUGUUAUUUUAUAAUAAAAAUGUAUUGUCAUUUCCAUGACUCGCUCAAAUAUUGAAAACUAAAAAGCAAUGUCAACAAUCAUAUGUCAAUGUACAAUAUGUAAAUCAUCCAGAGUCCUUAUCUUGAUCAUUUUCCGAUUUGUCAGAAUUAUAUAUCGAGUGAGAUGCCUAAAUUCCUGUUAUUUGCUCAUACACAUUACAUUGGCAUCACCUUAGUAUUUAUACAUGAACUUGUGGUUAGAGCUCGACAACUCUCUCUGUAGCUCAGUUGGUUAGAGCGCUGCACCGGAAUUGCAGGGCCACAGGUUCAAUUCCUGCCAGAGGAGCUAUACCUGUCGCGUUUUAAGGGGAGUUACUACUUUUAGACUUUUGUAAUUUUGUAUUUUUUAAAAUUUUAAACUUAACCUUUACCCUUGCUCUAAUCUUAAUCCUAACCCUAUUCUUUCCCUAAUCCUAAAAGUCUAAAAAUAGUAAUCGUAUGUAUAGACCCAUUGCACAUGACGUCACAGCGCCGGUGACGAUGCAUCUGGAGGACAAAUUAGCAAUCUAUGCAUAAUAUAACUUUUGUAAACAAAGCAAAUUUUGUAAAACUUUAUAAUAAUUUUGUAUUAAAAUGGUCAAUUUUUGCGCUGUAUGUGGUUGUUUUACCCGAACAGAUAUUGUUAGGGAGCAUCUGGAGGACACUCUAAGGAUUUGCGACGUCAGUGCAAUGGGUCUAUAGGGCUAUAGGUCCAAUAAAUGUAUUAAAAAUUCCACCGUAGUGUAAACACAGUUCUGUGAAUGAUGUUAUAGGUGAAGCCUAAAGAUAUAGUGGACAGUGAAAGUGUACGUAAGGCAACUGGUGUGGGUGAUGUAUCGGAAAUGUUACGGAAAGGAAAGGAACAAGACGAAAUGGAAGUACAGCUGGCUGCCGAAGCUAUAGAAACUGUAUUUAAUGAAGCUGUAUUUAAUGAAGCUACCACUAUGGAGGACCUUGACAAAGGUGAGAAGUGAUGCACCGAUAUGAAAAUGUACCGAUAUUUCGACAACCAAUAUUCAAGGGCCGAUACUGAUCACCGAUUAUUGAGUUCUUUUUGGAACUCGCGUAUUAUUCUUUAAAUCGAUGUCAAAAUACGAAAUUUCGGCACACUCCUUGCCAAGAUGGUGGAAAUUUAAAGGAGGUAUUGGAUGUCAGUUCUAUUGUUUUUGUCUGCGCGGUUAACACGAAGCUGGCUUCACUUUUUGGACUUGAGUUCUCGCUCCAGACAAAUAUGCAGCUCAUUAUUUUGGAGCGCUCUCAAAAAUGUGUUAUAGACAAAAUUGAGGUAAAAAUGCUUGGUAAAAAUCAAAACGGGACUACUUAAUUGCCAUAAACAAGAAUUUAGAGAUUUUGGCUCAAACUCUCUCUUAUUUUAGCAUUUUAAUUUUUUGCCCCCCAAUAGCCGCGUUCCCUUUCUUUGAUUGAAUUAAGAUUACGAUGCCCCCUCUAGUGUUAUUUAUGAUCUCUAUGAUUCCGUGCGGCACUGAUCUUUUCUUUGAUCUCUUCCAGUGAUAUGUGAAGCGGCAAAAGAGGUUGAAGACGCUAUGGGUCUGGAUGUCUUAGAUGAACUUACUGCUUCAUUGGAUGAUGUAAAACGAAUGGACGGCAUGUAA